AUGGUAAAGAGAAGGCAAAAGAACAAGGUAAAGAACAGGCAAAAGAACAAGGUAAAGAACAAGAAAAAGAGCAUGGUAAAGUACAUGCAAAAGAAUAUGGUAAAGAACACGCAAACGAACAUGGUAAAGAGCAAGCAAAAGAAUAAGGUAAAGAACACGCACAAGAACAAGGAAAAGAGCAGGGAAAAGAACAAGGUAAAGAAAUGGCAGAAGAACAAGCAAAUUGAUCUUCUUAUAAAUAAUUAUUGGGUGUACCUAUUUGCACACCCAUUUGCCUAUUGGCACACCAAAAAGAGCAAUUCUAAUUCUGAUCUUUCCCCCAUGCAAGGGCGGAUCCAGCCUACAUUUGUGGGUUCCCAGGAACCCAAUGCGUUUGGAAAAAAACGGAAAAGAUUUGUGAGAACCAAGGUUAAAGAUUUAUAUGGUCAUUUGGAAUUCGGACAAAAGAAGCAUUCGUCGUUUCUAGUUAGAAGCAUUUCUGUUGAUAAACAAGCCUUAGUUUCUGUUGAUCGCAAUUCGAAUCGGAUAGCUAAAGCUACAAUGACGCAGAAACAAAUUAGUGAUUUAGAAGAGGAAUUGAAGAAACGGGAUGCUUCUAUAGAGCGAUUUACGAAACAGAUUCGGGAUCUGGAAAAUGAACUGGAGAAAACUAAGCAAUCAGAAUCACAAAUGUUGGAAUCAUUGAUGUUUCAAACCCAACAAAUCGAGCAAACUAAAAUGGACUUGGAAGAGUCUAAGCAAGAUGUCAUAGCCCUACAAGAAAAGCUCGAUAACCUUCAAGCAGGUGGUAGAAACGGGUUCGAUCGGAGGGGUGAUAUGGAUUCAUCUUCGAAUACGAAAGCCCUGAGAGACGAAAUCGCAAUGUUGCGAAAAGAAGUGAGAAUAGCACAAGAAGCUGAGGAGAGAAGCAAGAAAGCUAUGGAUGAUUUAGCAUCGGCUUUAAGCGAAGUAGCGAUGGAAUCUAGUAGCGCAAGCGAAAAGCUACGGUUAUCGGAAGAACAAGCAGCCCAUUUGAAAAAGGAAAUCGAGCGAUUACAUGAAGAACUCGAGUUACAAACGGAGACAGCUGAACGGAUAAGAGUAGAAUCUGAAGAACAUGUUCUUGCAUGGACCGCGAAAGAAAUGGGAUUCAUAAGUUGUAUAAAGAAAGCCGAUGAAGACAUCGCAUCACUAAAACACGAUAACCAUAGACUAAACGAGGCUUUAGUUGCAGCUGAGAACACCACAAGAAUUGCUAGAGAAGAAGCUUUCAAACUGAGGGAUCAUGUGAAACAAGCUCUAAAUGAGUCAUCAGUUGCUAAAGAAGCUGCAACCAUCGCUCAAGCCGAGAAUACAGAACUUAAAGACUUAUUAGCCGAGAAGGAAGAAUCUGUACACUUCCUCACGAAAGAAAACGAACGAUUAAGAAUCAAUGAAGUUGCAGCUCGCGAAAACGUCAAGGAAUUUAAAAGAUUACUAGCAGCAAAAGCCGAAGCUAAUAAGUUUUACGAAGAACACACUGACGUUUUCAACUCCCCAGAUUCUAUGCUUUAUGAAGACCAUCUAGAUGGAAGAAAUACACCGCGACAAAUGUUUCACUUUGAUUUUAGUGAGUUUAAAGCGUUUAACAAAGAAGAUGAAGACAUGAUGUUUUACCAUGAAGACGAUAAUGUGACAGAAAUUGUUGUAGAUGAUGAUCCUGAGAAAGCUGAAGCGCUUAAAGGGUCGAUCUUCGAUACUAGCGUGUCACCUACAUCAGAACCACACACGCCAGAAUCGAAAGGACAGCAAAAGGCUGCAACAGGCUUUGAAGAUUUGGGUGGGUCAAGUCAGCUUGAAGAAGAAGAGCAUAGUGUGCAUGGUGGUACUAGUGGUCACCACCACCACCACCAUCAUACGGAAGAUGGUGAUGACAAGGGCUCCUAUAUGUAUGGUCUUUAUAACCGAAAGAAACUGUUUAGGAAGAUCGGAGAACUUAUAGUUGGGAAAAAUGAAGCCAAAAAAGAAGGGUCAACGGAGCAAGGUAAAGAACAAGCAAAGGAACAAGGUAAGGAACAGGCAAAAGAAGAUGGCAAAGAACAUGCAAAAGAACAAGGUAAAGAACAGGCUAAAGAACAUGGUAAAGAACAAGGUAAAGAACAGGCAAAAGAACAAGGUAAAGAAGAUGUAAAAGAACAAGCAAAAGAACAUGGUAAAGAAGAAGGUAAAGGACAAGUAAAUUGA